CACCUCUUCCUCAAAUUCUCAUAACCCUUCAUUCAUUCCAAAAAAAAAAAAAAAUGAAGCUUUCGCAGAUGCGUCUGUGUAGCGUGUUACUGUUAGUAGUGGUGAUUGUUGGUGAAGUGGAAGUGAGCAGGGCAGUGACAUGUACUCCCACGGAGCUGAGUCCUUGCGUUGCGGCAAUCAUAGGGCAGCAGCCACCGUCGGCGGCUUGCUGCAGUAAGCUGAGGGAGCAGAGGCCCUGCCUCUGUGGUUAUCUCAGAGAUCCCAACCUCCGGCAGUAUGUCAACUCCCCUAAUGCUCGCAGGGUUGCUAGCUCCUGUGGUGUGCCCACCCCAAGAUGCUAAACUCCUCCUCCGUUGCAACAAUUCUGGAUCAUUAAUAGUAGUAGUACUUAAAUAUUUCUACUCCUACUUUGGAUAAUACGAAUGAAAGAGCAAUAAAUAAAUGUUUUACCUAUAUCACAUCUUGCCUAUUAGGCUUGUAUGUAAUGCCGGGAUUAACUUAAGUACCAUAUGUUACUGCUUCGGUA